AAACUCACACAGACGCUCCGCUUGUGCCUAAACCUGGGCAUUCAUGAGGUGACUGUAUAUGCAUUCAGCAUUGAGAACUUCAAGCGCUCCAAAGAGGAGGUGGAUGGUCUGAUGGAGCUGGCAAGACAGAAGUUCAGCCGCCUGCUGACAGAGCAGGAGAAUCUUGAGAAGCAUGGUGUAUGUAUUCGUGUGCUGGGAGAUCUGACGCUUCUGCCUACAGAUCUGCAGCAGCUUAUUGCCAAAGCUGUGGUGGCAACUAAAGCACACAACAAGUGUUUUCUGAACGUGUGCUUUGCAUAUACCUCAAGACAUGAAAUCGCAAAUGCAGUGAAGGAAAUGGCAUGGGGAGUGGAGCAGGGCCUGAUAAAACCCAGUGAUGUGUCUGAGGUGCUCCUCAGUGAGUGUCUGUAUAGCAGUAAUUCUCCAAACCCCGAUCUGCUCAUCCGUACGUCUGGAGAAGUGCGCCUUAGUGAUUUCCUACUGUGGCAGACCUCAUAUUCCUGUCUAGUGUUCCAGUCGGUCCUGUGGCCGGAAUAUUCAUUCUGGAAUCUAUGUGAAGCUGUUUUGCAGUACCAGCUGAGUUAUCGAUCUCUCCAGAAAGCUGGAGAUCUGCACAGAGAAGGCCAAGCGCUCCAGCAGAUGGAAGCGGAUCGCACCUGUGUGGCUGAGCUCCUGCAGCAUCGUGGGAAUGGAAAGCCCAUGGAUGCCCAGAGUCGACAGAAAGAACUGUUGAACUACACCGCCAGCCGAGAGGAGAGGGUUCACUGCUUUCUCAACGCCCUCCAGCACAAGAGAGACACUGUCUUCAGUGAUUUAAGCAGCCAGGCUGUCUUGGCUUAGCUUUGAACUUUUUUUUUUAAUUUACUGAUCUGUAAAUACUUUAGAUCUGGAAGGAUGUUUCACCCCGUUUUAUGGGGCAGUGGAUAUGUAUGCUUGAUAUCGAAAUAGAAAUUAUCUUAAAUGUUCAAAUAAAUUCAGUUUGAUUGAC